GUGAAUCCUAGAAAUGCCAACAACAGAAGCGACGGAAGUGGUAUCUGGAACAUUAUUUAUCCGAAUAUCGGCACAUCAACCUCGGCCGACUUUCAAGCUCGAAGCUCCUCCAAGUUCUCAAUUGCUCUUCUAAGCCAACAAACACGACCAACAGCAGACGGAGAGCGACACUACACAAAUCAAUUACGAACAUUUCUUAGCAUUCGGUAUCUUGCCGUCGUCGGUAUUCAACAUCGCGGGCUCCAAAGCACAACCGCUUGCUAUCUAUUCUACAAACCAAAACAACAAUCACAUAACCAUGUCCAGCACGAGCAAAACCUCCACCUCCUCCUCCUCCCGCACACCCACCAAACGGCUCCUCACCGAACUCUCCGCCUUCGCCUCCUCCCCACCCUCCUUCCACCCCUUCAUCGCCGCCCUCUCCCCCUCCCCCUCCACCCUCCUCUCCCUCCGCGCCAUCCUCACCGGCGCGCCGCUCCCCCCCUCAACAGGAUACCAUACCGGGCGCUGGCUCCUCAACAUCUCAAUCCCGGCUAACUACCCGAACGCACCACCGACCAUAACGUUCGUCACGAAGAUCUGCCAUCCGAACGUGAAGUGGGAGACAGGAGAGGUGUGUCUGGAUGUGCUGAAGGAGAACUGGACGCCUGUGCUGGGCGUGGUAGGCGCGUUGGAGAGUGUAGGGAGGUUGUUAGGGGAGCCGGGCACGGAUAGUCCGCUGGGGGUGGAGGUUGCGGGGUUGCUGAGGGAGGGGGAUGUGGUUGGGGCGAGGGGGUUGGUGGGGUUUUGGUGUGGGGAGGAGAGGUGGGAGGGGGGGUUGGAGGAGGAGGAGGAGAAAGGGAAGGAUGGCAAGCUUGGUGGUAGUGGUGGUGAGAGGGGGAGGGAAGGGAGGGAGAAGGAGAGGGAGAGGAGGUGAGAUGGGGUUGUGAAGGGAGGGUAUUUGGAAGCGAACUUUGAAAAAGGAUGAAGGGAUGGAGGAUUUGAUGUGAAAGGAUGAAGGAAUGAGGAAUUGGACAAGUGUGGGGGAAUGGGAGAUGAAAGGAAUUUCAGGCUACGAUUUACUGACUGAACAGCAAUAUUGCAUAAAUGGGAAGGAGUUUUGGCGAAUUUUGAGACAAGAGUAAACAGGUUACUAUGCACAUUCGUGUAAGCGAGCGAGCGAGCGGGAGAUCUCAUUUGGAAUGUCUUGACUGGAUGUUAGAUUUUAAAGAACGGUUAGAAAAGAUUAUACGAAUCAUACACACUGGAAGGUCAUUUAAUUGGAGGGAUGUUGAAGACAAGCAAGUUAGCGAGCAUGUCAAAUAGUAGGUAGGAUGAGCACAUCCUAAAGCCUGGCAAAAUCAAAGCUGGGAAUCAAUGUUGGGAAUCAAGCUAGAUGCAAGGGAAUAUCAAAUAAGUAUACUGGCAUUAGGCACAUCACUUAGACAAACGCGAU